AUGAGAAACAACGAUGGAAAAGAAGAAGAAAAAGAGAGUCUAGUUGAUCGGCAAAACCGAGAGAUUAUCAGCUUGAAUUCGAGACUAGAGGAGCUUCAGAGAAAGGACGACGAUAUUGAGUUGCGUUUCAAAAGUUAUCGAAACUUGAAAGAUCAAGAAGCCAUGCUGAUGGAGCAAAACAGCAUGGUGUUUCUUCAGAAAUCUCAGUUAGAUUUGUUCCGUAGAGAAGUUUCGGUCAUGGAGGAAGAACUCAAGAGGGGCCAAGAUUUGGUGAUUGUGUAUAUCAAACUGGUUGGAGAAAUCCACGAGUUGAGAUCAAAGAAUAAGCUUCUUGAGGGAGAAGCGAAAAAGCUCAGGAUAAGAGUGAAGCAAUUACACCGUGUUGUAAACGAGAAGAGCAGGAAGAGGAUUAAGAAGUUAUUGAAGUGUCUCCAUGAACUGGGGAAAAAGAAUAACUUUGUGAAGGAACUUGAAGGUCAAGUAAUAGGUUUGAAAGCCAACCUUGAUUUGUUGCAAGAGGAAAAAGAAGUAUACAUGAAAUCUGUAGAAAAUUCAAUGAUGGUGAGUGUAGAAGAUCACAGAAGGGUCUUAGAAGAGAAUGAGGAUUUGAAUACGGAAGUGAUUUACCUGAGAUGGAUCAAUGCUUGUUUGAGGAAAGAGAUGAUGAGAAACGGAACCGAAUAUGAGGACGCUCAUGCAUUGACAGUAGUAGCUGAUGGGCAUCAUAAAUGGGGGAAGAGGUUCAUGAAGAAUCUGAAGAGAUGUGUUGGAGGACACUCUGGGACGGUGGAGCCUGAUGAAGAAGGGAUGUUUCAUUCAAGAAGAUAUUGUUCUAGCGUGUAA